AUGAAAUUUCAUUCACAAAAAUAUUCCGGCGCCAAAGCGAGGGCAUCUGACGAAAAAGCAACGAAAUAUAUGGAAACGGACACAGCGAUACGCUAUGCGACUUAUUCACGUCAAAAUUUUGUAAGCAAUAGCCGAAUUACCAAAUUGAGAGUUCUUGUUGAAAAAUUUUGGAUAGAGUGGGUCAAGCAUUACAUGCAGCCUGACAACUUCGGGUCCUUACGAGGACCAGACGCGUCCGCUCAACAUCCAGUGACGUGGGAAUUGUGA